GUCUGUACCUCCCCCUGAAAGACGUAGGUUUUCUUCUAAACAGCAUGUUGGUGCAAAGCAUAAAUCAGCAGAAACGGGAAGACGUUUGCAUCUCCGGUGGCUGCCUGUGUUCAGUUUCCUUCUGCAGCAUGAAGUGUGACCUCAAGAAGAAACUCUUACUUUUUUCAUUCAUGUUGCACUUGAUUCUUAACGUGGAAUCAACGCAUCAAGUCAAUGGUACAUCAGAAGAAAAUAUCACUGUUACAUUCACUUUACAAGAUAAUGUUAUCCAUGAAAUCUCUGAUAAACCUAGUCUGUACAAAAAUGGGAACAAGAUAGGAAGUUACAAAGAAAUCAGCCCAGAAAAGUUUGCACUCAGUGAUGUGGAGAACCGAACUGUCACACUACACAUCACAAAUCUCACACUGGAAGAUGAAGGAACAUAUCAAGUUGUAGUGCUUUCACGUGGUGCUGUCUCUCUUAUUGAGAGCAAUACAAUUUAUAUUAAAGUCACAUUAGGCAAUAAAAUAACAGAAACUACAACCACAGCUGUGCACAAGAAAGUAGUGACUAAUUCACCUAAAGUGGAGCUUUCGGAACAAAAACCGUUCUUCAUUUUCUUCAGUGCAUCAGUCAUAAUAUUUAUAUGUCUUUUUGUGGGCAUAUUGUGUUGGCUCUUUAGGACCUAUCCAAGAAAAUCAGAUGCAGAAAACCCACCAGUUCACAGCAACAGAUCAACACAACCGCAGGGGCAAUGUGGGACAUCCGGUGCUGUGUUUGUCAGCUGUGUGGAGUAUGGAGAGUUAGACUUUCAAAAUAGAUCUGAAAGAGAUGACAGAGUAAAACCUGCCGAGGCGACAUCAAAGGACCAGGACGGAGUGGAAUAUGCUGCCAUCAUUUUCCCUCAGCAAAAACAGCCACCGAGUGGGCGGAUGAGAAAUAAACAGCAAGUACCUGCUAUUAAGCGAUAGUCAGACUCAUAAAACCACAUCAUGCAUUUUCCACUAAAGUUAGUCUGUUUUAACGUUUGCUCAUGUAAACCUAAUAUACCGUAUACUAUUUGGGAGUUUUAUUGAGAGUGAGUAGAAAUCUUAAGACUGUUAUGGUUUUUGAUAAUAAUUACAUGAUCACAAUCUGCCACAUACUGUAAGUCAUCUUCUCACUGUUAACAAGUUCAUAAUGAUACUGUAAACGUGCCACAAAUUUAACACUGAGUCAUAGUGAGGUGCUAACCACAGAAGCCCCCAUAAAGAGGCACUUGAAUAUAUUUGUACAGUAUUACGCAACCCAGGCUCAUUGGAAAGAACGUGCCUUGUCUGCAAAAUGAUAGUAUGUUGGUUUGUUUCACAUUUCGCAACACUUUCCAAGUGAAAUGUCCAGUGAGUGGUGCUAAAAGGACGUUCAAUUCAAUCUAAAACAGAUGAAUGUGAAUUUGGCAACAUUUUAUUGAGCACUCCAUGAAUGAAAUAUCUGGUGGGUGGCACUAAAAGGUUAAUGCUCUACCGCAUUUGCAGUGCUGGGUAGAUUACUUAUAAAUUGUAAUCUGUAACUGAUUACAAAUUACAUGAUAAAAUUAGCAGUUAGCGACAUAAUCCAUUACAUUGCACAAUUUAGGUAAUAUAGGGGCAGAUUUACUAAACAAGGCAAAUUAGCGUGAGUGCGCAAUCCCAUAAAAGCGCAGAUGAUUUAUUGACAAUGCGCGCAUUAAAGAACACAGACUGGAAAUAACCACGCAAAUACUAGUAAACUGACUAGUGCAAACCUUAGUAAAUCAUGUUGCGUGAUUCAUUUAAAUACUCUCACAAAAUUUUGCAUCUGAAAGGUAAACUCCUACAAAUGCAUAUGCAAUAAGGUCAGUCGCAAAAAUGACUGUGUCCACGUCGUUUCAGGUUUGCGCUGGGACAAGCUGUUAGUAAAUCUGGCCCAUAAUCUGCGAUAGUGAUAGGCUGUUUUAGAAAGGAACAUUUAAAAGAUGAAAAGGAGGAAUUAGGGAGAAUUUAAUGCUAUUGUGUGAAUAAUAUGUAAUCAUGUAAUCAGUAAAAAGUAACUGUAGUCUGAUUAUGUAUAUUUCACAUGUAAUAUUAUCUAGUUACAAGUACUUCAUUUUUGGAAUCUGAUUACAUAAUCCAGAAUACAUGCAAUCAGUUACAAUCCAGAACUGCGCAUUUGAAAAUAUCGUACCGCUACACCUAACAAUAGUGAUAAUUAAAGCAAACAUGAGGUAAAAAUGUAUUUGCUGAAGCAAGUGUGCUAUUUGAGGUUGCUACUACAAGUCUUUGAGCUGUUUAAUCGUGGCUUGUGCUUCACAAGACUUGUACCUUAGCAAGUGCAAUGCUGUACCGGGUGCACUACUGAGCAAGUUUACUAUGUGACAUACACCAUACAUAUGGAGCUGAUUAUGUGAUGCAAAUUCAUCACAAUUACAAUUCAUGCACAAUGGUGAAAGUGUUUUGAGGUCAUAGUAUCACUGCAUGAAAAAUCGAUAAUCUGACUCUUUAAUCAUAAUUUGUAUGAAAAGGAAUUAAAGUUGUUGGUGUUUUACUAACACCAGUGUUCAUUGCAACUGGAAACUGCAGUGAGGUGUAUGCAUAAGUACGUUUGUGGAGUUUUGCAAAAAUAUAGAGGCACGUUUUUUCCAAUAAGCCCAUGUUGCAACCACAAGCAUAUUAUUUCUCAUACUUGCACCAUCUGUGGUAUACACAAGAAUAAUACCUCAAACUGUGGGGCUCAUGAGGAGAGGUUUUUGUGCUAUUACAUUUAUUAAAAAUAAGACUUACGAUUUUAUAAAACUGGCCAAAAAUCCCCGGAACUUACAUUCAUGGAGGGACCUGAGUCAUUUCGAGACCAGAGACUGGAGAGUGUGGCGGCAAGUUUUGCAUUCAAAGACAUCACUUACGUUUUCUUCAGAAAAUGUGAAGAUGAGUUUUGAUUUUGUCGCUCUCCUGUUAUCAUUUUCUUAUGUGCUACUAAAAUGCUUCUGUGUAUCCUAACACUAUUUAUCUUAAAAUGUAAGUCACAGCAGUUUGUGUAUUAUGUAAAUUGUAUAUGCUGAUUAUUGCACUAUGUGUGUAAAUAUUGUACUUGAAUGAGUUCUGUACUACAUAUGAAUGUAUAGCCAUGAAGGAAUCUCAUAAAAUGUAUAAAAAUGCUAAGUGGAGUUAAAAAUAUAGACAGUCUGUCAUUUUUGAAUGCAAGCAUCCUGAUUUAACACUAAAAGAAACAAAUGCACUUUACAUUCCCUCCUGAACACCAGAGAGCGUUUGAUUUUGUUUACUUCUGUGUGAAGGUUCACAUGAACACGGCCAUGAAGAUAACAUCAGAUGUGGCUGCAUGUGUUGGCAGUUGUGAGUAGGAGUGUUGAUGGAGUCACAUAUACUGCAUUUUAAACCGAGAGCUGGAGAAAAUGAAAACGUCUUUCAGAAAUUUCUGCGAGCAUCAAAACCUAACAUUUCAAACCGCAAAAUAUGCACACACCAAGAGAAGCAUGACUGUAAGCUGCAUGGCGAAGAGUUUCCAGCACCCACACAGGCUUGUCCUGAAUAUCUAAUGAGAAACGCGAUAUGGCCUAUUAAAAAAAAAACCGGUGGGCCGACCUAUAUCGACGCAUGCAAGUUUCACUUUUUCUAAGCUGAUAGUGAAAUGUUUCCUUUCAAUCAACAAAACCGUAGUACUGGUUAAGCAUUUAUAGACACCAUGCAUCUCAUUUUGCAUUGACGGCCCUCCUUGAGGCUGCCUCCUGCUACUAAAGUUAAGGUAGGUCUUUAUUACAAAAAUUAAGCAAUAAUACAUGUAGUAUGUUGUGCAAUAGUAACAAAGUAUUUUGCAAUAACCUUUAUUAUUUAUAAGACUUAGAAAGUCGUGUUUCAGAUCUAAACAGCUCUACAGAUGACAAUAUUGUCAUUAUUUCGGUCAGUAACAGUGUCACUGUUCUGUUGUCUAUCAGGUGUGAAACACAAGUCAAGUCGAUUCAUGUUCACAGUUCACAGUAAUGGUCACAUGGCCAUGCAUUAAUUUGUGUUAAUUUUACAUUUUUAUUAAUUAAUUCAUUAUUAGCUUUUCAUCAACUCAUAAAACCCUUGCAGUUCUCUCAUUUACGCUAGUUUGAGAAACCCUGGAAAAAUGUCACGUUUAAUGCAUUUCGUGAGUUAGGUAAAAAGUAUCAGAAUACAUUACCUGAAAUGAGUAAUCUAGAUUACGAUACUGACUAGAGUUUUCAUAAUGUAAUUUGUAAUCAGUAACAGAUUACAAUUUGUAACUAAUCUACCUAAAUGUUGUGCCCCACAUUAUAUUAAGAUUCUUUAUGUACUUACUUUUAAAUAUUUGAUACAGUGCACUUAUUGUGUACAUACACGUUUUUCCAUUGUACUUUUAUUUAAAAAUACCUUCCUGUAGUUACAAAAGUACAGAAACUGAUUUCUGUUGUUACAUCUACACUGUCAAACCUACACUUAAACCUAACCAUACCAGCAAAGCUGAUCCAAAACUUAACUGGACGCCACCUCAAAAUAUUGCAUUUCAACAUGAACACAAUACCUAACCUGACCAACUGUUGAUCUACACACAUGAUUUCCUUCACAGCCGUGCUAGUUUAAUGUGUCUCUCGUAACAUUUCUUACUCUCUUUCUUCUCACAUAUUGUGAACUCAUUACUGUGGUUUAUUUUGCAAUCAUGACCAGCUUACUGUACUUUAUCACUUACUUAUUGAGAUCUGCGACUUCUAAAAUAAAAUAGACCUACAUGAUAUUAGAUUGAACACAUUUAAAUAAGAAACUGCAAAAGUCAUCAAAGUACAAACACAAAACACUUAAAAUCAACACCACUUACCGUUUGCAUACACCAUGUUGUCCAGUAGGUGGAGGUAAAACUGUAAUAACCAUUUCUUCCUGUUAACUUUCUUAACGGUUUCUUCACUGUUUGCGUUGAUAAGACAGCUUGUUAUUUAUAUAUAUGACAAAUUUUGUGAAGUUUCUCAAAGAAUUAAGAAAGAGUAAUAAAAAACGUCUUACCACUGUCUCUGUUAUCCGACAUUAUUUGAUAUAAAUGGCUAGUUGUUAUUGCUAGUAGUCUAUAGUUAUAGAUGGUAUAGUUAUAAUUCCAUAAUUUUAAGUUAAAUACAUAAUAAUGCAUGUUUAAUGGAAUGCACAAUGUUUAUCUACACACUUACUUCAGUAAGAAAUAAAAAAUGUUCGUUGCAAGCUUUGUGUGCUAAAGAAAUGCAGAGUAUAAAAUUUUGGUUGUUGGUUUAGACAUCAGAAACUCCAUUCGAAUACAGUAAAAUAAUAAAUACUAUUCAAACAUUAGU